GAAACGAGUUAUCCAGAGAGGAUACAACCAAUGGCUCUCAGUCUCACAUCGUCUCUCUGAAAUAACUUUCCUCUCAUCGAAGCAGAUAUUGUACAUAACCUCCUCUAAAGGAUGUCACUUUCUUUCCCCUUCAACGUCAUCGCUUCCUACACACUCAAACCCAAAACCUUCCUCAGAGAUUCCAAACUCGUUUCACGAUCUCACCACUCCUUUCCUCUCCCUUCCACUCUCCAAACCCAUGAACCCUCCUCGAAGAAUCUCUUCAAGCUCACGAAGAUAUCAAGACUCGAACCAAUUUCAUCUCUUGGAAUCUCAGAGACCGAUACAUCGUCUUCUUCUUCCUCUCCCUCUCCCUCCUUCAGGAACAAACCCCCUAACGAGAUUAACGUUCUCGUCGUCGGCUCCACCGGGUACAUAGGCAGAUUCGUGGUCAAAGAGCUCGUCAAAAGAGGGUUCAACGUGAUCGCCGUGGCGAGAGAGAAGAGCGGCGUCAGAGGCAAAAACGACAAGGAAGAGACUUUAAAACAGCUCCGAGGCUCCAACGUGUGUUUCUCAGACGUCACCGAUUUAAACUCUCUCGAACAAUCAGUGGAGAGUCUCGGCCUAGGCAUCGACGUCGUCGUCUCCUGUAUCGCUAGCCGCAACGGAGGGAUCAAAGACUCGUGGAAGAUCGACUACGAAGCCACCAAGAACAGUCUCCUCGCAGGCAAGAAGCACGGCGCGACGCACUUCGUCCUCCUCUCCGCCAUCUGCGUGCAGAAGCCUCUCCUCGAGUUUCAGCGAGCCAAGCUCAAGUUCGAAUCCGAGCUGAUGAUGCAAGACUCCACCUUUACGUACAGCAUCGUGAGACCGACGGCUUUCUUCAAGAGCUUAGGUGGACAGGUGGAGAUAGUCAAAGACGGGAAGCCUUACGUGAUGUUCGGAGACGGGAAGCUCUGCGCUUGCAAACCCAUCAGCGAGGAGGAUUUAGCUUCGUUUAUAGCGGACUGCGUGUUGGAAGAGGAGAAGAUCAAUAAGGUGUUGCCUGUUGGGGGUCCAGGGAAGGCGUUGACGCCGUUGGAGCAAGGGGAGAUUCUGUUUAGGAUACUCGGGAGAGAGCCUAAGUUCUUGAGAGUGCCUAUAGAGAUUAUGGACUUUGUGAUUGGGGUGCUUGAUGGUGUGGCGAAGGUGUUUCCUGGUGUUGCGGAGGCUGCUGAGUUUGGGAAGAUCGGGAGGUACUAUGCUGCGGAGAGUAUGUUGAUUCUUGAUCCGGAGACUGGGGAGUAUAGUGAGGAGAUGACGCCGAGUUAUGGGAAGGAUACGCUUGAGGACUUUUUUGAGAAGGUGGUUAGAGAAGGGAUGGCUGGUCAAGAGCUUGGUGAACAAUUCUUCUAGUUGGGAGAGAAUGUUUCAUGAGCUGUGUUAAGUGUUGUAACUGUCAAAGAUUUGUUGAUCCGAACAAGAGUUAUGAAACAUAUAAUCACAGGUAAUUUUUUCCUGGAUCAAGAAUAUAAUAUAUUAUACAUUA